AGCGCGAGGGAGCGAGACGGUGCGGCGAGGGCCCGCUCCUUCUUUGCCACCUCCCCCACGACGCCGGAAGUCGCUCUCGAUGGUCCGGUGGUAGGAUGGAAGGAGUUGUUAAAGCUACAUCUUUGGAUAUCGGGCCCCUCUAUUUCUUUGACCAGUGGAAGCCUGAAAGGAAAAAAUGGAGAAAGAAAACAUAUGAAGACCAAUUCUCCCACCUGUUCGCAAACGUUGAGGACUGGACCUGGGACCUUGCACCUGCGAGUUUGGAGCUUCAACGGUUUGGUUUUGGCAUGGACUCAUUUCUGAGCUGUACCACACCAUGCUGGACACAAAGGUUGAAUCACAUCUCAAACCCAGGGCAGGAAAAGGAGGGAGGAACCAGUCAUAAAAAGGAAAAUCGGGAAGGAUCGAAGCAAGCCACGGCGACCAUGGCAGCUUCCUGUGAGAAAUACGAGUGCUGCUCGGCUGACCUCUCCGAACCUUCCAGUCUGGUCAGGCUCCCACCCAGCCCCAAAGCCUCCAGCACACACCUGCGAAAGUGCCACUUUGAUGAGUACAAACGCAUCGCUCCUGAAAUGCUGGGCCAACUCGAGAACAUGCUGCAGAGAUACUCAGGGCGUGGCAUCCCGCUGCCCAAGGGCCUCACCAACCUGGUGGACGAUGGCUGGCCAGACCUCGAGGCCGGCACCCCACAGUGCCCAGCACCCAGCCUGCAGGGCCAGCCUGUGACCCCUGAGGACUUCAAGCAGUGCAGGGCCAGCAGCGAACCCAUGGAAGGCUUUUGUAAGCAAACUCAUCCCGAUCAAGCCAGGCAAGAGGACCACAUCCCAGCAACUCUUGCCAGCCAUGACCAGCUGGAAAACAGCUCCCCUGAUGUCAUCCAAUUCUCGCUGUCCUCCAAGAUCUGUCUAGAAAGCGAUUGGCUCUUUCAGCGCCCUUACUCAAGAUCAGAAAUUCUCAAGUGGAAAGCGGUGCUGGGAGCCGCCGUGCGGAGACUGCAGGAGGCCCUGGCGCGCAUAAAAACAGAAGAAGCUCAGCUAAAGAGAAAGGGGUUCGACCGAUGCCCGAUCCUGCACUACUACAGCGAGCCUGAAGGCGAGGGAGAGGGGCCGAGUCCCCAGGCGACCCUGAGUUUCUGGCGGGAGCUGCUGGAGCGGCGGCCUCAGCUGCUGGCCCAGCGGGAGGAGAAGGUGGGGGAGGCCGCGCGGCCGCGGAGGAAGUUCCACUGCGCCCUGGCCGACGGCUCCUCCUUGAUCUAGUACCCUGCGUGCCGCAGGCUAGGGGCUGGGGUGCUGGGCCUUGGCUAGGUUGAGGUUUGCGCCUUAAGGCGCCCCCCCCCCACCCCCAGCAGAAAGGCGCCCCUCGGAGCUCUGGGGCGUAGCUCCCCACUCUGCUCCCAGGGAUCUUACUUCCCUACACUAGGGGCGGGUGAGUCAACCUGAAAAAGUGGAUUGGGGCGUUUUUCGGGUUUCCAAACAUUCCUUCUUAGGGGACCUCUAGUUAUCCUUGAUUUUUUUUUUCUUUGUUAUUAUUGUUUCUUGUUUGUUUUAAGACAGGGUCUUGCUGUGUAGCCCAGGCUGGCCUUUAACGCACAGAGAUCCUCCUGCCUCAGCCUACCAAAUGCUGGGAUUACAGGUGUGCACCACCAUGCCUGGUUUUAUUUUUGUUAGGGAAUUAAAGACUAGUGCGAUCUUUCUUUCUUUCUUCCUUCCUUCCUUCCCUCCUUUCCUCCUUUCCUUAUUUGGUACUGGGGAUGGAACUCACAACCUUGCAUUUGCUGGGCAGGUGCUGAG